GCGGUGUUGUGUAACUGUGUGGCUACGUGGGAGGGCUUCUUCCUUGUUCAGUCGUGGUGGGGGUUUUUUUUUUUGUAUUUUUUUUUCCCUGAGUGGGCCGAGCUUUGCGGACUCCUCCUGCCGUGUGAAGUUGCGAUGUUGUAGGCACACACACGCACACACACACGCCGAGACUGGAGCCUCCCGCCCGGCGGCUGGAUGAUGCCACGACGGGGAGAGGCGUGGAACACCGUCGUGGACCAUUUAACGUCGACGAACCACCGACUUUCACGGAACAUGUCGCUACCUUUUGAGUGAAGACCACCAGCGUCACCUCCCUCAGCCGUCGUCUGCGUUCCUCCUCAGCCCAGCCGGCGAGGAGCCUCCUCCUCGGGCGGUCUUCGUGGAUCUUUCGCCGCGGUGCUCCUUGGCGGUCAUGUUGUAGUCCCCGCCCCUCUAAGGGAAAAAAGAAAAAAGGAGCGAGUGUUUUGUUCUUUUUAUAUUUUUUUUGUGGAGGUGUGGGGUGAAGUUCGGGCGAUGCUGUCAUGGCCACCUCCGGGGCGGCAAAGUGUGCGAAGAGUGAGAAGUUGGACGAAGCGCAGGCUUUGGCCAAAAGCUGCGCGGGUCGACCCGACUUCCUGCCUUGUGACGGACUCUCCAUCUGCGCCACGCACAGCCACGGCAAGUGCUUCAAGCUGCACUGGUGCUGCCACCUGGGAUGGUGCCAUUGCAAGUACGUCUACCAGCCCAUGACCAACGUGUGCCAGCUGCCCAGCACGGCGGUGCCCCCCGCCGACGCGGAGUACAGCGGCACCAUGGACCUGUCCGUUUCCCUGGCCGAGCGCUUCCUCAAGCUGGCGCCCUGCUUCCGCUCGCCGCCACACCUGGAGUCGCCGAAGUACUGCGUCAUCGCCGACCUGUUCGUGGACGACUACGUGGUCAAACGCAUCAACGGCAAGAUGUGCUACGUGCAGCGACCCGCGCCGGCGCUACCCGAACCCCCUCAAACCGCCGCUCCUCCCCGACCCGCGCCAGCCACACCUCAGAGGCCUCGAAACCCUCCCCGGCCGCGGCCCGCCGUCAAGCCCGCGCCGACGCCUCCGUCGGGCCGCCGGCUGCACAGUGAACAUAAACACCCCUCCCCGCUGGACAAGGUAAAGGGCUCCAAAAUGGACCCCUGCUCCUCACCGUCCAGCUCCGAGGACUCCGGCAUCAACGCGCUGGGUCUGCACUGUAUGGAGUCCUGUGAGGAAGAAAGCGAGGAGGAGGAGGAAGAGGAAGAGGAGGGGGAAGAGGACGACGACUUGAGCACGGAUGAAAACUCCAGUCCCGGCAGCCCGUGGGGUCGAGACGACGGCGCUGUCCUGUCUCCGUCCAAGUCUAUCAUCGAGAUCAUUGAAAAGAUGGAAACAACUGUCUAGAUCAGGGGUGCCCAUUACGUCGAUGGCGAGCUACCAGUCGACCGCGGGGGGUGUGUCAGUCCAUCUCCAGCCAGACUUUUAAAAAAAAUAGACCUAAAAAUGAGUGAUCAUCAAUCUUCACCAAGACGUCACUUAAAUGACAUUCACGGUACCGGAGGGUCUUGUGAGAUGACGCUGGCUGCUGCAAGAUCAUUAUUA